AUGGCGGAUGUGAUGAGAGCAGUCGACGUGAAGGGAGGUAAAGGCAAUGCAUCUGCGUUGUUCAUCAAUCCCAACAUCCCCAAACCUAAACCCUCGGCAAACCAGUGCCUCGUUCGGGUGAAAGCCUUUGGCCUGAACAGAGCUGACACACUCCAGCGCGCGGGUGCCUAUCCUCCUCCCCCUGGCGUGACUAGCAUCCUGGGCCUGGAAUUCAGCGGCAUUGUCGAGGAGGCUGGUGCCGGCAAGGAGACAGCAGACGAUAUUCCCAAGUGGGCGGCCCAAGAUGAGGUGUUUGGACUCUUAUAUGGUGGCGGGUAUGCAGAGUACGUGGUGGUCGAUAAGAGAAUGCUGAUCAAAAAACCGCAAGAUUGGAGCUGGGGGUACGCUGCAGGGCUCUGCGAGGUGUGGUUUACGGCCCUUCAAGCACUUCAUAUUGUUGGUGGCUAUGACCCCUACCGUACGCGCUCCAUUCUUUGGCAUGCAGGCGCCUCUUCUGUGUCGAUUGCGGGAAUCCAACUGUCGAAAAUGGCGCAUCUUAACCCGACAUUUCGUCAAGAAUCAACGACCGGAAACCCGCCUUCUCCUCCCAAGGUAUUCGCAACAUCGCGUUCAGAUGCCAAAUGCGCCUUUUGCAUUGAGCAAUUGCACUGUGAUUUCGCAGAAAAUACCAAUAACUCCGAAUGGGUCGAUGAGCUGAAGAGGCAGAAUGGCGGAAAUGGCAUAGAUCUAGUUAUUGAUUUCGUAGGUGCCUCGUACUUUCAAUCGAACCUUGAUCUAUUGGCACAGGAUGGCCGCGUUGUUAUCCUUGGCUUGAUGGGUGGCUCGGUUCUUCCCGAAAAGGUCAACAUUGCGCCUCUGCUGAGGAAACGAGCCAGGGUAGAAGGGAGCACUCUUCGUUCGCGAGACCUGGAGUAUCAAGCCAAAAUCAGAGAGCUGUUUGAGAAAGAGGUCAUUCCAGGGCUUGCAGGCGGAACACUUGAGCAUUACACUGAGAAAGUUUUUUCUUGGACGGAUAUCUGUCUUGCACAUGAGAUGAUAGAAAAAAACGAAACAAAAGGUAAAAUAGUAUGCGUGGUUGAUUAG